GUCUGGCAUCAGUCUCUCAUGUGUCCGUCUGAACCCUGUCUGGAAAAUCUAGGAUUAUAGGUCUUUCAGAACAGGGCCUGUGUGGGUCUAAAUGUUAAAUUCUCUACCAGGAUAGGCUUUGGUAAUUAGAGUUUUGACUUAGCCUGAUCAGUGCAUGUGAGUGUGUGUACGUGUGUGUUUGUGUGUGUGUGUGUGUGUCUGUGUGUCUGAGGAUGAGUGUGUAUCUGCUGGUCCUGUGUCUGGCUUUGCUGCAGCAGCAGGGGAGAGCCAGUCCAGACCCUCCGGGCUGCAACAGUCCUGAGGCUGUGAGGGUGGCAGAAGAGGCCCUGGAGCAGAUCAACCAGGACCGGACAGAAGGAUACAUCCUGAGCCUCAACAGGCUGUACGACCUCUCUCACACUCCUGACAAGGAGAAAGGUGUGUCACUCUACAAACUGACAAUUGAUGUCAUGGAAACCAAAUGCCACAUCACCAGCAGGAAACCAUGGAAACAAUGUAAAGUCAGAGAUAUUGGUGACGUUCCAGUGUAUGGAGAGUGUGAGGUAUCUGCCUCCAUCGGCUCUGAAGUCCAACUUCAAAGCUACUCCUGUGCAAUACGUGAAGUUCCUGCCACAGUGGUGGUGGCUGAAUGCCCCGACUGUCCCACAGCCGACAACUUGAAUGAGCCAGUCAUCAAGGAGACGGCCAAUCUCUCCCUGCAGAGGUUCAACGAAGAGAGCCGGCUGGCCAAUUACUUCACUCUGAAGAACAUUACAAGAGCCAGUUCACAGUGGGUUAUUGGUCCAUCCUACUUUGUGGAGUUCACGAUUGUGGAGACGGUGUGUUCCAGGAAUACAGACACCAGUGAACUGAGCAACUGCAAUCCUAUGGACUGUCAGUUUGCUCAUAGAGGCUUCUGUUUGGGCACGCACAUGGCCGUGGAGGACCAGUUUGAAAUCAGACCCUCCGCUGGAAAGAAGGACAGCUCGUUUCAAAAUCGGAAUGCUGUUGAGGUGAAGUGUGAGAUCUACGAACCUCAGGCUGCUGGUGUGGAGGAGCAGGCCCAUGUGAGAGCAGACAGCGGGCACACCGUGCAGCAGCACAACCACACACACCUGCAUCCCCAUGAGCACAUGCACUCAGUCACACCCAGCUCAGACCUCGCUGUCUCCAAGCCACGGGGCUCCCUCGGGACUGUGGUGAAUCAGCCUGCUCCUGUCAGGUCCUCACCUGCAGCCAGCUCCUGUCCCAGUCCGCACAGACACAAUCUGGGUAUAGUUAAACUCAGGCUCUGAUUGGCUGGAGCAGGGUGGUCGAAUUGUGAUGAGUUACUCGGCUAUAGCUUUCCUGCAUGUUGUGAUUAGUUAAGAAAGGACACAGAAAUAAUAACCUUGAAGUAAAAUAUAAAAUGUUGUAAAUAAUCGUAUUACAUUAAUUGUUUGAUUGAAGCAGUUGCAUAAUAGGAAGUUGCAUCAUUUUCUGGAAUAAUAUUAAAAACAUUAUUUGACAGAAUA